CAGCUUGCUUAGUCUAUCAGUCUUCGGGUCACAUAUAUUCGAUAUUUAUACACCAUCAGCCUAUAUCCGAAAUGAUCAACGCCGUGCUAGUCUUCAAUAACAACGGCCAGCCCCGCUUGACCAAGUUCUACACGCAAAUCGACACACAAACGAAACAAUCCCUUAUCGCCCAAAUAUAUGACCUUGUUGCCCAGCGUCCCCCUACAGCCUGCAAUUUCCUCCCGCUCCCUCCGAUACUCGCCCGCGGCGCCAGUUCCAGCGCAAGCACUGGUCCUUCUGACGCUCCAACUCAAAUUACCUACCGUACAUACGCGACUCUCUCAUUUAUCAUGAUCUCAACGUCCACUGAGUCCCCGCUGGCCCUGAUCGACCUCAUCCAAGUUUUUGUCGAGGCGCUCGACCGCAUCUUCGAGAACGUAUGCGAGCUGGACCUCAUAUUUGGCUUUGAGACUAUGCAUGCGGUUCUUAGUGAAAUGAUCGUCGGUGGAGUGGUUGUUGAGACGAAUAUUGAUAAAAUCGUUGCUGGGGUACAGAGCCAGGAGGGAAGUCUGGGGAAGAAGAGGGCUAUACAGGCGGCAAGUUCUGGGGUAGGGAGGGGUGGGCUGUCUGGACUGGCUGCUUGGCGGUGA